GAUUAUAGAAGUAUUUAAUAAUACCAGGAGAUCACUAGCUUAAAUAAUAACACAUAACAUAAUUAGAAGACGCACUAGCUUAAAUAAUAACGCAUAACAUAAUUAGAAGACGCAAACGAGAGUGAUCUUUUAUUUUUCAACCCCCGUCGAAGGGAAAGGGAAGAGGAAAGUAUAAUCGAUCGGAGGGCCUUGCAGCCUAUGAACUUGCACUUGUCACUUAGUGCAUAGAAACGGCGGAGGGCGCCCGUCUUUGACCCGCCCAAGACGCGCCGACUGUCUACACCUGAACGAUUUUAAAAAGAAUCUCUCUGUACACUAAGCACUUUGUACACUAAACACACUGUACACUAAAAAAACAAAUUUCACCCAGAUUUUGAUUUAUUUUAUCAAAGUAAUGUGGCCGAUAAAAUGGAUAUUCUAUAUCGUCGAGUGAAGUGUAAAUAACUAUAAUGCAAUUAAAUAACGCCGGUCAACAAUGAAACUUCGGAGAUGGCACUGUGAAUAUGGAUAAAAUGACGGAAGCUCAGAAAACGGCGUACCUUGAAGCUCACGUGGCUGUCCAACAGCAUAUGGCUCAGGCUGCUGCUGCAGCACGACGCGAACAACAACAGCAGCAGCAGCAGCAACAACAACAGCAGCAACAGCAACAACAACAGCAGCAGCAACAACAACAGCAGCAGCAACAACAACAGCAGCAACAACAACAACAACAACAGCAGCAGCAGCAGCAGCAACAACAACAACAGCAGCAGCAACAACAACAACAGCAUCAACAACAACAACAACAACAACAGCAACAUCAACAACAGCAAACUAAUAAUGCUAAUAAUCAAACAAGACAUCAUCAGGAAUUGCAGCAACAAGCCCAAACCAACAACGCUCACCCAGGCCAUCCGUCCCCUCCCACCGUUAGUUCGACUCAACAUCAUUACGCCACUAUCAAUUCACCGAUCAAGGUCCCACAAGUUAGCUCCAGUACUGGCGGACCUGACAGUACUUUUACCGUACCUGAUGAUGUCGGUAUGGGCUUCGAAGGAGGUGUUCGGGUACUGCAGAGCUUGGGUAAUUGGUCACCGGAAGUAACAAAUAAUAUUCCGAGACCUAAUUUAAUACCAUUCACGGAACCGUAUGCAGAAGGAGGCUCUAUGCACCCCGGUACUAGGCUAAAGGUUUUACAAGGGACGACCGUUAGAAAACAUCCCGCUAUUAAAGCGACUAGUUCUACUACUGAAGGAACGAAAGCUUUUGAAUGCACCGUUUGCGGUAAAGGCUUAGCACGCAAAGACAAGCUCACAAUUCAUAUGAGGAUACACACGGGAGAGAAACCUUACGUUUGUGAAGUUUGUAACAAGGCUUUCGCACGUCGGGAUAAACUAGUGCUACAUAUGAAUAAAUUAAAACAUAUAACACCUUCUAAUAUUGCUCCUUUGGGGAAAAGAACCAUUACGAUACCACAAAUCAAUAGAACCGAAGAUUCUCAACCAGAGUACUUUGCAGCAUUGAAGUUAGACGAUGUUAAGCCUCAACUACCGAAGCAGGAAGAUACGAAGCCAAGCCAGGCAGAGAUUGCGGCGGUGGCUCAACAACAACAGCAACAGCAGCAUUCCCAUCAGCAGCCGAUACAGGUGUGCCAGGUACCUGGACACAACUUUACGAACACCAAUUUGGUGCACACGAGUGCCACAACGGCGGCAGUGGCGGCCGCUACGGCUGGAAUGGUGGUCUCGUGGUCCUGUGAGCUUUGCGGCAGAUUGUUUGCAACUAGAGACGAAUGGAGUGCACACGCAAAGUCCCAUUUGCCUGAUACUAAGUUAUUGCAAGACAAGAUGCAACAGGCAACGCAACAUCAGCAACAAGAAAAGGUUCAUUUAUCGAACCAAGAGAAACUUCAGCUUCUACACCAUCACAAUCAGAACCAGCAGAUACUAAAUAGCCACGGCAUCGCGACAGCGACCGUCUCCACCGCGACCGUCGUCAACGAGACUGGGGGAGGCGGAGGAGGGGGAACUUACUUCACUCACGGACACACACACUACGCUCCAGAACGAACUCAACACACACACGCACACCAUUUAUGUCUCAUGUGUAGACAAGAGUUCGCCGGUAAAGCCGAGUUCAUGUUCCACGUACGCGGCCAUUUUGAAGGUAAAGUGAGUGACAUAGCCGCGGCUGAUGCUUUAGCGAGAUCCCUGGUCGACAAUUCGGGACUGUGUACCUGAGCCACGCCGGCGCCCAAUAGCGCAUUUCAAUCGGAUGCCUGCGUUAAGGGCGUGUUUCAAGAGGAAUCUGUAAUAUUAAAAUUUUAACACAAACUACUGCCAAAUAAUGUUUAAUACGAGAUAAGAAUUCGAUUUUAAAGGAUCUGGUAUGAAUUUCGAGCUCAUCAUCUCAGCCUGUCUACUGUCCACUGCUGAACAUAGGCCUCUCCAACUGAUAUCCAGUGCGGCCGGUCCGUUGCCACCUGCAUCCAACGUGACCAAGCAAUUUUCGAAUUUCGAGCUGUUUUAUAGUAAUUGUAACUUGUCUGAGAAUAAAACGAACAAUUAAAAAUGCACCGUAAAGCUAUCGUUUUACGUUUUAUUGUUGAUUAAAUGCCACAACAAAAUUGAAUUAUCUUUCAUAAUAAUAUAUUCUUGGUUGGAAAAGUGUACUUGUAGAUUAAAAUGAGGUCAUUAACUUUCAUACAACAUGUCACGUAUUAUCAUUUUAUAUGAAUACAUACAACACAAUUUAAAAUUGUAAACCAUAUUAAUUUCAAUGUAAUACGUACAAACAAUAGACAAGAAUGUCUUGACCUGAAUUUAUGAAUUAGUUUUGAUAACGCUUUCGUAUUUAUCAAUUAAUUAAUAGUGUUAGACGCGCAGACGAGUACACAGUCUACCUAAUGUUAAGAGAUUGCGGGAGCCAAUAGAUAUUACAAAGCGAAUGGAGCUACCGGGAAGCAGGAUAAAUUUAAGAAGGAGAAGAUAAUCGAUAACAAUAUUACUAGAGAUGAACCGGGCAGUCAGUGUAGGAUCCCCUGCAAAUGUAACAGUGAUAUAAAAUUUCGAUACUCCUUUUCUAAAUUAUAUUUUAUAAAAAAAAAAAGUAAUACAAUAUUUUAGUAGUUCAGUAAUGCAUAAUUAAUUAUUACUGCUCAGCUAACAAAUGAGAACAAAAUACAUCGAAAUAUUAAGUGCCACAUAAUUGCCAAUUUACUAUUAAAACGUUUUCAUUGAAUUGACUUCAUACAUUUAAGGUUUUUUUAAUAAAAAAAAAUUGCUUCACAUCACAUAUUACCCCAUAUCAUUUACUGAUAAAUCAAGAUUUUUAUGUCGAAUUAUAAUUGUUUUUUUCUUGAUUCAAUAACAAGCCAUCUUCUUUAAAUGUCGCGUAAUAAUAUUUGUAACAAUUGUUUUUUGUUUUUUUUUGUGCUAGAAAUUAAAUUAAGCUUAUUUUUAUUACGAUCGAUUGAUCUUCUAAUGUAUUCCAUUAUUAUUAAGACACGCCAUAAAUAUGAACUUAACUUGAGACGCAUUGUAAAAUUUAUGUAUCUCACAUUCUAGGAUAGAUUAAUUAAUAUUAAAGUUACACAGAAUCCAAAGGUAGCCGCUUUAUAUUAGAAUUAAAGUGUACAAUUAUUUUCUACAAUACAAUAGAUAGAUAGAAAUAGUUUCUAGUCAAAAGGAUGAGUGAAUCUAGUCUUUUGUAAAAUAAACACGUUUUGUAUUUAGUAUAAAUUUGAAGCUUAGCACGUAAUUAUGUCUCUAAAUAGUUAAUCAUUUUAAUUAGUUUUAUAGGUACAUAAAAUGUACAGACGUAUAUAAAAUAAGAUUAAAAACCGUAAUUUUUUUUUGAUCUCGUGUUUUCGAUUUAAAUCUGCGAAUCGUAAAAUUGUUUUAAAGCAUGCAGUGUCCCUUAGUCAUGCCAGCUGAUGAUAAGUUUUUCAAUUUGACAUUUGACGGAUGUUAUUAUUUAUUUAAGGCAAUACCUUACUGAUGGUAGGACUUCUUGUGAGUCCGCACGGGUAGGUACCACCAACCCGCCUAUUUCUGCUGUGAAGCAGUAAUGCGUUUCGGUUUGAAGGGUGGGGCAGCCGUUGUAACUAUACUUGAGACCUUAGAACUUAUAUCUCAAGGUGGGUGGUGCAUUUACGUUAUAGAUGUCUAUGGGCUCCAGUAACCACUUAACACCAGGUGGGCUGUGAGCUCUUCCACCCAUCUAAGCAAUAAAAAAAAACCUGUUUAUUUAUACAAAGUCUUAAUAGUAACACUAUGAAAUAAACUAUAUAUUAAAACUGUUUAAUUAUGUUGGAAAUUUGUUUUUGAAGAUUAUUGCUACUUCUAACAUAAUUUACUUAUUUAUUCGUAAUAUGCGUUUACGUUUUCUUAAAUUGAAUAUUAGUCCCAUAAAAUGGAAAAAUAAAAUAAUAACAUCUUUCAAAUAUCAACGAAAGAUGUGUUUAGUUUUAGUAAUUUUAUGUGCUGUAAUACCAUAAUUAUUAUAUAGAUAUUAAUUAGGCACAUGCUUGUCAUUCAUAACCUCGAAACGACUCGUGACAUCACAAAAUUGUUCUUUAAAGUAAUAAAAUCUCAUAAAUCGUUAUGAAUACAUUAGUAUUUACAUUUCCGGAAAAAAGUGAGCGAUGAAUUAAUUAAAGAAUAAUUCUUUUGAUCGCACGUUAUAUAUAGUUUGCUUAAAAAUAUGCAGACCUCACAUGGUGAAAUGUAAUUUUCAAUUGCUUAAGCUGUGAUUUAUUUAAAAGUAACGAACACAUAAUUCAUUAAGCUUAGAAUAAAUGCACUUAUAUUUUACAAUCUGCCAUAAUCUAAUUUAAAAACACGUUAUGCACAAGUAUAUGUUAUAAUAGCACUAUUUUUAUUUGGAUAGAAGAAGUAGAUUCAAAGAAUGGAAUGGAAAUGAUUGUAGUUUGUCUUUACGAUGCAACUUUAAAAAAAAUCUUAAUUAUUCUUAUCAAAAUAUGAAGUUUUAUCGCAAACUAUAUUCAAGUUCUACUAGUAAUAGGUGUAGCUGAACAAAAACAAAGAAAACAUUUUUUAGAAAUAUCAUGAACGAAUACUAAUGUCGACGCUAAAACUUCAUUAUUAUUCCAAUUUAUUAUCAGCAGUCUUCACUCGUUCACCGCUGGACAUAAGGUACUAAUACGGGCCCCUAGAUAGGUAAUGGCUUACGCCAUUUAUUUAAUAUUAAAUAAUGUAUCCCUGUUAACAAAACAAAAAUAAUUCGAGUUUGGUAAAAUAUAGAACUUGGUUUCACUAUUGAUAGUAUUACCUUGAUCUUGAUAAUUACAUUCAGUAACCCGCUCUAUUUGGGUAAUAAUUGUGAAAGGGAAAAAAACUUGCUGAAGAGAUGCUGAAAAAAUUAAAACUGAUUUAAAGUAUUAUUGAAGCAUCGUAAAACAAACUUUGAUGUUUAGUUGUAAGGCCUUAUAUUUUAUUCACAUUCAGCUCAUUCAGAAAAGUACAUAUUAUUGUGAAACAAAAUGUUGUCACGAAUACAAUCUUUGCGUAAAAUUUUCAAACCGAGAUUAAGAUAUAGCGUAGAUUGAGAGGGCUCACCUGAAACUAGCUUAGCGGCUUCCCGAACCCAUAGACACCACAACGUGAUUGACUCGGCACUGCCCCCCUUGCCCCCUUUGAGGUAUGAUCUAGAAACCUCGAUUGCAUAAGAUGAAACAUACGUUUGUAAUCAAAGAGUAUAAUCACAUCUUAACAGAAAUGAAAUGGUGGUCCUAAUAUGUGGUAAUUCACAAUAGAUAUUAGUUACGACCGUUGUUUAAGAAAAAAUUUAUAUUAUUACUACGGAUAUGACUAGCAUUAGAUAAUUACUGAAUGUGAUUAAAAUAUAAAACGAAUUUGCCCCAAGCGGGCAGAUCAGAGCACGAUGGAAGUUACAAAUUUGUGUAGGACUAGGUAUGUUUAAGAUUUGCGAUGCGCAGUCGUAGUAGGUGGGACUUUAAUGCAAUAUUUAUGUACAUAAUUUAGAGUAAUGUUAAUUAUUUUAUUACCUUUUAUCGACAUUUCCCGUAAAACAUUCACGUUAGAAAUAGAAAGCGUGAACGUAAAUAAAUUCUAACAAAGAUUAUAAUACUUGUAGAUAUGUUCAAGGAAGCAUUAUAGUAUGAUUAACUAGUUUUAUGAGUUGGCUUUUUCCAGUAAUUAGUACUAAGAUAGUAGUUGUUACAUUAAAAUUGUGCACAUAUUUGUCUUGAUGUAAUCAUUUUUAUGCAAUGUUUGUUUCUUGAUAAACAUAUAUUCUGCGUAUUAUCUUUGAAUACUAAAAAAUAUUUUAAAGUGAUGUGUCAUUUUGACGAUCAGAAUAUUUUAACAAUAAUCAUGUUGUAUAAGUUGAUAAAGAAAAUGUAGAAAAACGUCAAGAAUACCGGUCCGUUUUAUUUUUACUUAUGAUUAUAAAUUUAUAGUUUUUCUUAUUGGAUUAUAUCUGAUAACGUGUAUGCAAAAAUGUUAUCCUUAUCGGUGGAAUAAUUAAGACGUGCAAGAGUCACAUUCGCAUUAAUUUUUAUUUUUCGUUGUCUUUUUUCACUAGACGGGUAAAUAAGCUCGCGACCCAUACUAGUAACAGUUGUGAGGAAUGGUGUAUCGUUUGUAAAAAAAAAAAACUACCAGACAAAUUCCGUAAUAGAGAUAAAGCUUCUUAAAGUUUAUUUGUUGCAUUUCACACAUACCGUGACAUCAGGCGCAUUUAGUGCUAUAUGCGUCCGAUGUUUGUAUAUAUAAACAAGUAUAUAUAUACUAAACAUAGAUAAAUAACACGAAUAUACCUCUUCUGCGGAACGAAACCCCGUUUUGAUAUUGGCAGCAAGGUCCUGAUUCAAAAUUUGAUAAUACUAUAAACUUUAUAUAAUUAAAUAAAUAAAAUAAUAAAAUACUGGUGGUAGGAGCUCUUGUGAGUUCGCGCGGGUAGGUACCACCACCCUACUUAUUUCUGCGGUGAAGCAGUAAUUCGUUUCGGUUUGAAGGGUGGGGCAGCCGCUGUAACUAUACGUAAGACCUUAGAACUCAUAUCUCAAGGCGGGUGGCGCAUUUACAUCGUAGAUGUUUAUCUAUGGGCUCCAUUAACCACUUAACACCAGAUGGGCUGUGAGCUCGUCCACCCGUCUAAACAAUAAAAAAAAGAAAAUUGAAAUAAACGUGAACGAAAUAAAGAAAUACGAACAAUACGAUAAGACACAAAAACCGGCACAAUGUACUCCGAAAUAAUAUUAGGUAUUAGAAUUAACCUAAUUAAGAAUCUACAUUUAUUUAUUUAAUCAAACAUUGAUACUUGUCAUAUUAGUUUUCGGUUUUCGGUAGGCAGCGGCUUGGCUCUGCCCCUGGGUAUUGCUGAAGUCCAUGGGCGACGGCAACCACUCACCAUCAGGUGGGCCGUGUGCUCGUCUGCCUACAAGCGCAAUAAAAAAAAUUGUUCAAACUUUCUGCUAUCAGUUACUAGGGAUGAGGCGCAUUUUAGGCCCGCACGAUGCUUGCUACCAUCGUAAGGCAUUCCAGCUUAAAGAGUAGGAACGUCGUUAUAAAAAUUGAGACUUAAACCUCAUGUCUCAAGGCACACAAAUUGCGAUAUCAGUGGACUCUGGCAACCACCGGGAAAAUAGAGCGUUAGUUCGAUCACCUAUAUAAGCAGGAAAAAAAAAUAUGGCAAUCUAAGCCGUCUGACGAAUGCCCGUCGUACUAUUUAUAACCAUAUGAUGUUGCGUGGAAAGAACCAACACCAAUAAAUAAUGAUGAUAGCAAUUUUUUUUUGUUAUCGUUUUAGGCAUCAAUCAACACCAGUCUUCGUUUUCAAGGAUGAUUUUUAUAUAUCCAUUCAUGUAAUGUAUCAGACAUUGUGAAAUACAUUUCAGUAGACCCUGUGCCAUUUAAAAAAACUGUAUGACUUCUAAGUGAAACUUAGGGUAAAAUUUACAAUUUUUUUUUUAUUGCUACGUGGGUAGACGAGCUCACAGCGCACCUGGUGUUCAGUGGUUACUGGAGCCCAUAGACAUCCACAACGUAAAUGCGCCACCCACCUUGAGAUAUAAGUUCUAAAGUCUCAAGUAUAGUUACAACGGCUGCCCGACCCUUUUAUAUUAUUUAAAACCUAUUUAAUCGUUUAUACAUACAGUUAAUAUUAUAGUAUUUUGAUCUAUUUCAGUAGACACGACUAUGCAACCCUCAAAAAUAUACACAGUCUAACGCAUAAGAUUUGAGUAAUUUAAAAUCUUUCUCACUAAUAAUUAUAAUUUGCGUUAUAUCUCAACAUAAUCACAUGUCACGAAAUAAUGAUAAUCAGUUUUUUGAUGUAUCAUUUUAAUUUAGUUGAAAAUUUAGAUAAACGGCCGUAUCUUAGUUCGCUGUUUGUUUUUUAAUAAAAUUCGUACUCGCGAAAUUAAAACCUCUUAACCUCUAUCUUGUAGCUUAAAUACCUCAAUUAAAAAAGACUAGAGAUAAAUCGUUUCUUCUGUUUAUUUAUUUGAAGGUAUUUAACGUAUAUAUUUUAAUCUUAAGGAAAGCUGUCGGUUAUUGAUAUUUUAUAAAUUAACGUGACCUCGGUGGUCAGUUGACACGUGUCUCGUGAGCUUGUCUACCGGUCUAAAACAAAUCAACUAUAAAACAGAAUAAAUAGCUAUAAAAAUAGACAAGAAUUUUACAAAAAUAAAUGCUUUAGCGAGAGAGAGUAAGAAUAAUACCUAAGAAUAUAAAACUGUAAAUACAAAUGUGGAAUCCACAAAAUAUGUAGAUAUAACUUUAAUUAGUAAAUAUUUUUAAAAAGAAUGUAAAUAUAAAUUGGCUUUCGAAAUGAUCUCAGAAUCUAGUCUUUAACUUGUAAGACAUGAAGCGUUCUCAGAAAACGGUUCAAUAUAUAGGUACAGUAAGCUAGUACUAUAUUAGUUUGAUAGUUUAAUAAUUAAUAUUUAACAUUUGCUAUAGCAUGAAAUACUCUGUCAAUGUGUAUAACUUAUUCAGAGAAAUGGUCUACCGCAUCGCCAAUUGUUUAAUUUUACGAUCCAUCUACGCAUCUCGUAAAGUCUGUAUCAUCAUUGCUUACAAAGAAUCUGAUUAUUGUAAUAAUAUAAUUAAUACAAAUAUAUAUAAUAUAUAUAAUGAUAAUCAGAUACUUUGUUAUAAUAUAAUAUAAUCUAAUAAAUAGUAUAAGAUAUAGAGGACUAAAUCAAAACGAAGUCAAUAUCAAAUUUAAUUAACAAAAAAAAGCGUAUUAAUAAAGUAUUUGUAUUUUCAUAUUGCUUGCCUCAUUCAAGACGCCGAUAAAGAUGCCUUAUAUUGAUAGACAAUCUUAAUACUGCCUGAAGGAAUUAAUAAGAGAAACACUACGAUAGAGAUGCAGUUUUACGAUACUAGUUACAUAAUAUAGGUUUAUACAAUAUUAAUUUUAAGGAUACGGUUUGUUUAAAAUUCGUAUAAUCGAUUGCAAUAUAUUUAAGUCGGGUUUAAUGACCUCAAAAAUAUAUAUCGGAAAAUAUAAGAAAUGAACACGGUAAGAUAAAAUAAUUAGUGGGCCUCCAUCAAUGUAGUUGUUGCCCCGCUGACUGCGUCAAAAUCACGAAUAACCAGUCUUAUUGUUUACGAGCUGAUUGAUAUACGAAGGUGCCGGCUAACCAGGAAACGUAACCACCACAAAUGCUCAAUUGUGCGUAAUUGGUAAUGUGGCGACUACAUGACGGAAACAGUCCGUAAUGACUUUUUUUUUUCGAUUCAGUUAUUAACACCUAAUGAAAUGAAUGUUUGGUUAAUUUGGUUUGAGUAUUUGAUAGUUAAGUUGUUAAACUAUGAUUAGGGCAUAUUGCCUAUGGAAAUUUUAUUUUAAAUAAUAAACUUAAGAAUAGUGUUUGUUCAUAAAAUGAUAACAUUGGUACGUUUUGGUUACAAAUUAUAGAAUUACAUUUUACUUUAAACAAUUUCGUUUUAUAUGCUUAUUUUAAUUCGUCUUUCUUGCGUAAGUAAAAUUCCAUUAAUUAAAUGUAUAGAUUUAGCCGUAAGUAAACAAUAUGUAUCAACACUAUCUAACAAUUUGUGCUGUAAAAAAUGUUUUGUUGAAUGAUGCCUAUGAGUUGUUUUUAAGCUGAAAUAGUGUUGCUACAACGUCAGAAUAAGAAUAGAAAUUAACAGAUAUUAGUCAUUUCGUAUUUAUGAUUUAAAAAAUAAAUAACCGUGAUCAAUUUUUCAUUUUUAAGUGAAAAUAUCAAUAAACAUACGCACACACUACUUUUUUCUUCUUCGAAUUAUUAAUUAAGAUUGGUACAUGAAGGAGCAAUAAUGCCACGUUGCAUAUCGUAAAUAAAAGAGACAGUGAAGAAUGUGUAGUGUAGAGCUUAGUAAUAAAAUAUUUAAUAUACAAUCA